GAGAUAGAGACUGCAGCUCGCCACAGGUCCGACAGUGAGGAAAAGUCGCGAAGAUGAGGCUGAUCUGUAUACUGCUGCUCAUAGCCCUGAGUUGCGCUUUCCCCGGAAAGGAAGUAGGGGAGGAGGAGGCGACCGUUGCCGCGGAAACCACCACCACCAAGUCUCGCUUCGCCAUGCUGGACGACGUUCGGCUCCUAGCCAACGGGCUGCUGCAGCUGGGGCAGAGCUUGAGGGAGUUUGUGCACAAGACCAAGGGCCAGAUCAACGAUAUCUUCCAGAAGCUCAACAUCUUCGACAGGUCCUUCUACCAGCUGUCCGUGGUCACCAGCGAGAUCAAGGAGAGCGAGGAGGAGCUCAAGAAGACCACCAGCUUCCUCAAGAACAACAAUGAGGAGAUCAAGAACCUGUCGCUGGAGAUCAACACCAAGAUCAACAACAUCAUGCAGGAGCGCAGCCAGCUGCAGAGCAAGGUGUGGGGGCUGGAGGAGAGGCUGAGUGGACUGUCCGAGAGCCUGCUCUCCAAAGAACAACUGUCCGAGAUCGGUACUCUCAAGGAAGUGAUCAUCUCGCAGGAGAGGAGCAUCACAGACCUGCUGAAGGCAGUGAGGGAGCAGCAUGAACAGCUCAACUACCAGAAGAACAAGAUCAAGAGCUUGGAGGACAAGCUGAGCUUUCCUUCGUUCCAAGACACCGCUGAGCAAAAACAAGACUCAAACCUAGAGACACCAAACCCCUUUCAAUACCUAAAAGAUAAUUCAACAAGUGCCAGCAUUAAUACAAAAGGUCUUCCUAUUGACUGCAAUGAAAUUUUCGACAGAGGAGAACGAAACAGUGGAAUAUACCCCAUCAAGCCAAAUCAAUCGGAGCCUUUUAACGUGUACUGUGAAUUUACUCCAGAAGGAGCAUCUACUGUCAUCCAGCGUAGACAGGAUGGCUCAGUGGAUUUUAACCAGACUUGGGAAAAGUACGAAGAUGGAUUUGGGGACCUUUCAAAAGAGUUCUGGCUGGGCUUAAAGAAGAUCCACUCCAUCGCCAGACAGAGUGACUCAGAUAUCCUGCAGAUCAAGCUGGGGGACUGGAAAGAGCAGAAGCGCUCUAUAGAGUACCAGUUCAGUCUGGAGGGCCCUGACUCCAACUACACCCUUCACCUGACACAUCUGUUUGGUGACCUGACCGAUGCUAUGACCAACCAAACUGGCAUGAAGUUUUCCACCAAGGACCGCGACAAUGAUAACCACAGGGAAAUAAACUGCGCCGAAAGCUACACAGGUGGGUGGUGGUUCAAUGCCUGCGGAGAGACAAAUUUGAACGGGAACUACAUCUGGGUGAGGCCGAGGGGUCGAACAGAGCGGAGGAGGGGCAUAUACUGGAAACCCGAGAGGGGGCACUCCUACUCCCUUAAAUCGACCAAGAUCUCCAUCCGUCACACGCCUGAAACCAUCAGCUUCCGUUAAGCACAACAUCUCAUUUCUGUUCUUCUGGAGAAAUGAGCACCUUUCUGCACAGCCAUGAGAAGCUUUGGAAAAGUCCACAGUCUGUAAGCAGGCCAGCAGCUUUAGGGAUACAGACAUGCCAACUCAGCACGAUGUGGUCUGGUGGCCUGAGUGACGCAAUCACAUCUGGUCCCUCUCCACCGGCAGCUGUUCCAGAUGAAUUGCAACACACUCAAAAUGAGGCUGCUUGGUAGAAAAGUAAUGGAUAUUGCAGUAAUAUAUACAUUGGAGAAUUUUCUGUCCAGUAUAAAAAAUAGUAGUGAUGGCAGGGUGUAAAUAAGAAAAUGCUUUUACUUCUGUGUUUUUACCUUGAAAUAACUAGACAGAAAAGGUUACACUUUAUAAGAGGCAUACCAUUGCAUUGACUGUAGGUAUUUGUGCUUGUGUGUAUACAUCAUUAACCUGCACUAGACAUCCCUGUACUCUAUUUCCCCAGAUUAUUUGGAGAAAGAUCACAGUACAAAGAAUUAAGGAACAUUUUUUUACUUAACUUAAUUCUGUAUUUAAUCCAUUUUCAGAAUAUUUUACAAUCAAGAAGUCUGCAAUUUUCAGCAAAUACUCAGUGUACUAGACUUUGAUGAUUUGCAAGUAUUUCCAAGUUGAGUCAUAUUGACUCCAAGUAAGAUUUUAUGAGCACAGCAAGACUGUAUGUACAUUAUGUUAUGAAUAUUGUCAAUAUAAUGUUUAAAUGGCCACCAGGGAGGCCCUGAUAAAAAAUUUAAAAAACUCUACAAACCAUUACUUGGUUCAACUUCCUCUCAGAUUACGUGCAUUCAAAAUAACAAUAUAUGUGGUGGUAACAUUAGUGACUAAUAACCAGAUUUUUUCAUUUUACUUGCUCAUCUCCUAUUUAACACAAUUCAAAGCAACUGCAAACCAAGCUACUACUAAACUGCUAUCAGGGAACCAAGUCCAUGAGAUUUAACCAUUAUUUCCUUGAAAGACACGCAAUUUUAAAGCUCUGCAUAUAGCAGAAUGCUGAAAGUUAAGAUAGCAACUGAAAACUUUGCAUUCAAAACUGUAACAUUAAAUUAACCCUGCAUGUUUCAGCCCAAUCGUUGCUUGCUAUGAU